ACAGUGUGUUGCAACCAAAAAGAUGUACUCGCACAGCCACUACUGAAGUGAGGACUCCCCAAAAAAAUUCCCCAAUGUUUUACAGUUUAAUUACUUCAUCUCCCUCUUUCUAAUAAAUAUGAACUGAUCUCUUUCUCCUUGGCGCGGAUCCCAACGUCUCUCUCUAUAUCUUUCUCUCUCCUCUAGCCAUGGGUCCUCGUCGACGAAGAAUCUCAACUUCCGUCUUCGCCAUUGUUCUAUCCAUAUCUCUGGUGGUGUUCAACUGUACUCUCACUAAAGCUCAGUUACUUCAAAGAGAUCGCAGAGGGUACCCGCUUCUUUACGAUUGUGAGCAGUGUAACAGAAAAAAGGACCAGGCAACUCCAUCAUACACAUCCGUUGAUAAAUCUGGGAAUUUGGAUGUCAAGGAUAUUGAUAUAAUGGUGACAUAUAGUGAUGCUUCUGGCGCAGUCCGGGUUGGUUCAGUAAAAGCAAAAGAUCUAUCUUCUUCCUGGGUUUGGAAAACUCCUACUAGUCACCACGAUGACCGUGUGAAAAAUUCUGAGAAACUGAAGGAUCCAUCUCAGCCCAUCACAAGGCAUGACGACAGUACUGAGCAUCAUAUCGAGGCAAAGCAAAGUUUAGAAAGCACUACCUUUCACGCAAAAAAAUAUCCAGAAGAUCCAAUCAAGCGCCACCGCCAGAUAUUACGGCUUAAUAGAAGGGAGCUCCGCGCAGCAGAAUUAAUGAGGCAAGACAAAGACGUGGAUGCAGAGAUGGAGAAAGCAGCCAUCGAACGUGCUGAGGGGCUGGAUACUACCGUCAUAGGGAAGUAUAGUAUUUGGAGACGAGACUAUGACAAUUCAAACUCUGAUUCUACUUUAAAGCUUAUGCGUGAUCAGAUCAUAAUGGCAAAAGCAUAUGCUACCAUUGCGAAAGCUAAGAAUGAAAGCAGUCUCUAUGAUUCCCUAACGAAGUGCACGAAAGAUAGCCUGAGUGCCAUUGGAGAAGCAAAUUCUGAUGCGGAUCUUCUGCCAAGUGCCCUGGAUCAAGCAAAGGCAAUGGGGGGGAUUCUCGCAUCAUCAAAAGAAAAAUUGCAUGAUUGUGCUGUUUUAGCCAGGAAACUAAGAGCCAUGAUUCAGCUAGCUGAAGAUAAUGUUAAUGCUUUGAAAAAGGAGAGUGCAUUUUUGAUUCAGCUAGCUGCAAAGACGAUCCCAAAACCAAUACAUUGCCUUUCUCAACUGCUUACAGCUAAUUAUUUCCUUCCUGGCCGUGCAAACAAAGGUGUUAACGAGAAAGAGAAGCUCGAAGAUCCAUCUCUUUACCAUUAUGCCAUCUUUUCAGAUAAUGUACUUGCAACAGCAGUGGUAGUGAAUUCUACUAUUGUGCAUGCAAAUGAGCCAGAAAAGCAUGUUUUCCACAUUGUUACGGACAAGCUGAAGGUUGCAGCAAUGAAAAUGUGGUUUCUUGACAAUCCUCCUUCUAGUGCUGCUGUAGAAGUCUUGAACAUUGAUGAUUUCAGGUGGCUAAAUUCUUCUUAUUGCCCUGUUCUUCGGCAACUUGAAUCUGCUCGAAUGAAGGAGUUUUACUUUAAGGUCAAUAAUAACCCAUCAUCUCUCUCAACUGGUUCAGACCAACUCAAAUACAGGAAUCCAAAAUAUUUGUCAAUGUUAAACCAUCUCCGUUUCUAUCUUCCAGAAGUGUAUCCCAAGCUUAAUAAAAUCUUGUUUUUGGAUGACGACAUUGUUGUUCAAAAGGACUUGACUCCACUUUGGUCCGUUGAUAUGAAAGGAAUGGUAAAUGCUGCUGUAGAGACAUGUAAGGAGAGCUUUCAUAGGUUUGACAAGUAUCUUAACUUCUCUAAUCCCUUGAUCUCUGAAAACUUCGACCCCAAUGCUUGUGGCUGGGCAUAUGGAAUGAAUAUGUUUGACCUGAAUGAGUGGAGGAAGAGAAACAUAACAGGAAUUUAUCAUCAUUGGCAAGAACUGAACGAGGAUAGAACUCUCUGGAAACUGGGCUCAUUGCCACCUGGACUGAUCACUUUCUACAAUCUAACCUAUCCGCUAGAGCGAAGCUGGCAUGUGCUGGGACUCGGAUACGACCCUGCACUCAAUCAGACUGCAAUGGGGAAUGCCGCGGUUGUUCAUUAUAAUGGAAAUUAUAAACCGUGGUUAGAUCUCGCCAUCUCCAAAUACAAGUCAUAUUGGUCCAGAUAUGUGAUGUAUGAUAGCCCCUACCUUCAACACUGCAAAUUCACGGAAUAGCCUCAACAUGUAGCAGCAGAACCUAACAGGAAAAAUACGAAAUGACUUUACCCUUUUUUUUUUUUUUUUUACCACACUUCCCUCGUCAAAAAUUCUUUUGAUUAUAUAGAUCCCCGAGAUGGCACAUUGUUGUCACCACUUUGUAACAGUUCUGUAAAAGCAAAAUUACGUAUAGGUUUACGGAGUAUAUUUUCACUAUUUGUAUAGAUUCAUAUGCCACAAGGAAGAACAAAAGUUAAUGGAAAAAUAUUCAUUUUUUUUAUAUCGUCCGAGGCAUUACUCGGACUCAGCUACAA